CGCUACGUGCGCGGGGAGCGCGGGGUUGCGCUCGGGUGCGCUCCUGGGCGCUCGCCGCCGCCGCCGCCGCGCCUUGAGUCAGCAAACUCGGCAGCCCGCCGGCCCUGGUCUGCUUGCCCAGUCCUGCCCCGCGGGGAGGAGCUGCCCAUUGAUCGUGUCCUGUGCUGAAGAUGUUUCCGGAACAACAGAAAGAGGAAUUUGUGAGCGUCUGGGUUCGAGAUCCCAGGAUUCAGAAGGAGGACUUUUGGCAUUCUUAUAUUGAUUAUGAGAUAUGUAUUCAUACUAAUAGCAUGUGUUUUACAAUGAAAACAUCCUGUGUACGAAGAAGAUACAGAGAAUUUGUGUGGCUGAGGCAGAGACUCCAAAGUAAUGCAUUGCUGGUACAACUGCCAGAACUUCCAUCUAAAAACCUAUUUUUCAACAUGAACAAUCGCCAGCAUGUGGAUCAGCGUCGGCAGGGUUUGGAAGAUUUCCUCAGAAAAGUCCUGCAGAAUGCACUUUUGCUUUCAGAUAGCAGCCUUCACCUCUUCUUGCAGAGCCAACUGAAUUCAGAAGACAUUGAGGCGUGUGUUUCUGGGCAGACUAAGUACUCUGUGGAAGAAGCAAUUCACAAGUUUGCCUUGAUGAACAGACGUUUCCCUGAAGAAGAUGAAGAAGGAAAAAAAGAAAAUGAUAUAGAUUAUGAUUCAGAAAGUUCAUCCUCUGGGCUUGGACACAGUAGUGAUGACAGCAGUUCACAUGGAUGUAAAAUAAGUACAGCUCUGCAGGAAUCCUGAAAAAUAAUUCUAAUGUUACUAUCUUAGGAACAGCAAAUUAUGUCCAGUCAUCGGGAAGAAAAGCUUGGUAAUAAAUAAUAUAUUCUUACCUAAAGCUCAGUCAUGAUGUUAGGUAUUUAAAAUUCUUAAAGACAUGGAGUUAUUUAUUAGUGGUAUUUUUAUGUUGUCUUAUUUUAGCCAAGCUUCUGUAUCAAGCUAAAGUCCUGUGAAUGCAAUAGUAUCCUUAUAGCUCAACAUUAUUGGUAAACGAGAUCCUGCCCUCAAAUGAAAUGAUUUAUAUGUUAAAAAAAAAAAAACAAAAACCUAGUUGGUUUUAUUGAAUUUUAAAAGAUAGGUAAAUAGGUAGCAUUUAAAAUCAAGAUAGAGCAUUCUUUCUUGUAUCAAUGGGGCAGUGUUACCGUAAACACAGCAUAUAUAUUAACCACUUUGAAGAGUAAACAGCAUAGACCAGACUGCUUCUCUCAGACAUGUGGCUGAUAUUUUGUGGAUCUCUUCUGUGCACUGGCAAAACACUUUGCUUUUGGGUGUUUGACUGAUAUAUUUUAAGAAUAUUUAAUCUUGACAGUAUUCUAUUUCACACUUAGAUGGAAAAUGUAUCUUAUGAAUAAAGAUGUAUUAAAAUAAUGUUUACAUCUUAGAAAAAACAGAAAUAGUGCUAGUAAUUUUACUUCUAAUUUCAAUAUGUAGAUUCAGAAAUACAUUUUCACUGUCCAAAAUCAGCUUAAACAAAUGGUUUCUGGAAAUAAAUCAUUUGUUUUCAUUAUCCUUGUGUGAUCAGAAUUAUAGGUUAAUGAUUUAUUUUCUGACAAAAUGUGCAAUUUCUUAUCUCUAGAUAACAUUCAGCAUCAGUGGUGGCUACUUAUUGCUUAAGUCAAAAGAAGGAUCUUAUAAAAAUUAAUAAAUUUAAUUUUACCAAUAAAUAUUUCCAAAAUUUAGAAGAAGAUGUCAACCUGCUAAUUUCAGAAUUAAUUAUUCAUUUUUACAAAGCCCUUUACUUUUAAACAUGUACAUGAAGAUUGGUAUAAUUUUAAUGAAAUGUCUUUUUUGUUUGUUUUUAGUGGCCCAAACAUCAUAUGUCUUAGAUAAACUACUUUGAACUUCAAAUUUCAGAUGAGGCAGCAUUUUCCUGAGAUAAUUACCCAAGUUUCUUUGUUGAAUGGAACAAAAAUAUCUCUGUGAAACUAACAGAAAGAUAUUUUCACAUAACUGGAUAACUUGUUGCUUUAAUUAAAUGUUACUCAGCCUAAUUGGAGAGUAACAAAGGCUAGUAUAAAAAGUAACCAUUUCAUUUUAAUUAUUAUUGUAUUUUUAAAAAGUCUUUAUAAUGCUUGUUUCAGAAAAAAAUAAAACAAAACAGAAAACUGCAAAUCAACAGAAAAAAUUCAAUUUAGAGUAAGAAUGAUUAUCCUUUUUAUGGUUUGGUUUAAAACAUUAUUAAAUUUUUGUAAACAUUUCGAUUUAAUGUAUCUUGGAUCUUCAUUAUGCUAACACAGGAAAAGAAAAGAUUUAGCAAUCUCUUAUCUUUCUAACAUGAAAAGUUUGCCAUCUGGGCAUUUAAGAGCUAUCCCCAUUCCCUCAGCAAUGUGUAUUUGAAUUCACAAUAUUUCUGUUUUACAGCAGUUUUGAAAAGCAUAUACUGUGCCACCAAUUGUCAUGUUAUUUUUAGAUGAUAUAAGAUAACCAUCAAUAAUAAGUACUGCCUCAAUAUUUGGUAUGUAAAUGUCAUGAAAUCAUCAUUUUCACAAUAAACAUGAAAAAAAAAA